ACACAUACCUGAAUAGAAGAGUUCAAGAAUGGAGCUGGUUGGCUCUCCCCUAACAGCAACAUAUGCCCAUCCAAGAUCAACACCUACCAAGUUUCUGCCUGCUAUCAGCACCAUGGCUUCAAGCUAUAAGAACCAUUUUCCUUGCUACCCCUUGCCUCAGAGGGUCAGCCUCCCCUGGCUGCCCAGCACCUACCAUAAAACAGCGGCCAUCAACCCAAAUUUGGCUCCCUUUUCCAGAUGCUCCCAGGGGUUAGCCCCUAGCAAGAUGCUUGAUUCUGUUUCCAACAGAACAAGUGUCCUCAGCCGAUACACCCCUGAUGACUGGUACAGGUCCAACCUGACCAACUACAAAGAGUCGGAGACUUCCCGGCACAAUGCAGAGCGUCUGAGAGUUGAUACCUCCUGCAUGAUUCAGGAUAAGUAUCAGCAGACAAAGAAGACCCAACUAGAAAGCACCAAAAACCUGGGACAACGUGUCAAUGAUAUAGAAUUUUGGAAGUCAGAGCUUUGCCAUGAGCUGGAUGAGAUGAUUGGGGAGACCAACGCACUCACAGACAUGAAGAAACGACUGGAGAGAGCCUUGGCUGAGACAGAGGCCCCUCUCCAGGUCUCUCAGGAGUGCUUGCUUCACCGGGAGAAGAGGAUGGGCAUCGACCUAGUCCGUGACGACGUGGAGAACCAGCUCUUCACAGUAAGUCUGACAAACCUUGUCAACGAGGUCUAUGAAAUCGAUGAGACAAUCCAGAGCCUUCAGCAGCGGCUGAGAGAUGCUGAGGACACGCUGCAAGUGCUGUUUCACUCCAAGUCGGUCUUGGAGCAUGACCUGGCCAUCAAAGCCAACUCGCUCUUCAUCGACCAGGAGAAGUGCAUGGGGAUGCGCAAGACCUUUCCCAGAACUACACUCCAUGAAAUCUUCCAGGUUGAGAGGAACAUAGAAGCCAUCCGGAAAGCCAUUAGGGACAAAGGGCCUCCGUUAAAAGUGGCUCAGACUCGGCUGCAUAAGCGCACACGGAGACCAAACAUGGAGCUGUGCUGGGACGCUGCCCAGCUCCGCCUUGUCAACGAGGUCUGUGAAAUCGAUGAGACGAUCCAGAGCCUUCAGCAGCGGCUGAGAGACGCUGAGGACACGCUGCAAGUGCUGUUUCAUUCCAAGUCGGUCUUGGAGCAUGACCUGGCCAUCAAAGCCAACUCGCUCUUCAUCGACCAGGAGAAGUGCAUGGGGAUGCGCAAGACCUUUCCCAGAACUGUGCGGCUGCUGGGCUACGUUUAAGCUGGGCUCAGCUGAACUCGUGGUAUCUGUUGUGGGUGGUAUUCCCACUUUUGCUAGGAUGCAUUCCCAGUUUUGCUUUGACAAUACAGGAUUAGAUCUUAACUUCCUGAUGAAAGCCCUGAGUAGAAAUUAAAUGAUCACUUUGUGUGUUACAUGGUCUACCAGGAUUUUUGUUUCCCUUUGGUUUUUCUCUUUCCACUGCUCUUUCCCAGUGUGCUAGAAAGUAGGUGAAAACAUCCCCUGUGCGCCUAAGAGUAAAUCCACCCAUGGGGAUUCAUGCCUACCCUUUCAGUCUGUAAUUUUAGGAGAAAAACUGUCGUGUCUUCCUCCUUUGGAGUCUGUCUGAUGUGGGAAAAGCACAAGGGGAAGUCAAGC